AAAGAAUAAAUGGCCUAGCUGACAUCAGAAAACAGGAGCCUAAGGCAGAAGAAGAGAAGCUUUCUAGUGAACUGAAAAACCCACAGGAUUCACUCGAGGCUGCUGCAGGUCAUAAGGAGAUGCUGCCCGAGUCAGAGAAGGAGCUGAAUCCACCUGAAGAUGAAAAACGUGUAGUAGGGCAAGAUGCAUUACAGCCGGCAGCAGAGCACGCUGCCAGUGAAGAAAUUGAGAGGGAGCAGCUCCUGAAUUACGAUACUAAGCAGGAUGACUUGCCCCCUGGGAAGGCUGACAAACAGGAACAUGAAGCACUGAACCAGGACAAGGAUGUUGAUUACAAUUUAGAUGAGAAUGAAGCUGAAUCAGAAACGGACAAGCAAGCAGCACUUGCAGGGAUUGAAAAUGUUCAAAAUCCUGAAGAUAUGAAGAACCACUUAUCUGAGCAAGGUGAAGAACGACAGAGGUUGUGA